AGAGAGAGAGAGAGAGAGAGAGAGAGAGACAGAAAGAGGGACAGAGACACAGAGAGAGGGAGAGGUGGCGUUGGAGAUACACAUAUUUGAAAAUAUUCCAGCGAUUCCUUAAACAAAUUUCCCUAUCCUAAUACACUCUCAUUAAUCAGUUUCCGGUGUCAUUAAACAAACAUUCACAUUCCAUCCCACUAACCACUAUCUGGAUAAUAUUCGAUGUGACAAAAAACACCCACUUCUUUUUUUUUUUUUUUUUUUUUUUUCUUUUUUUUUUUUGCCCCCAUAAAAUGACUAUUACGACAUACCCUAAACAUCUGCGCGUGAAUCGCGUAGUCCUUUCAUCAGCAACACUGUGGGUAGCUAGAUGCAGGGAGCAAUGCUGGUAACUGUUAAACGUAAUUGCCUACUCUUCGUACGUCAUUACAUCUUCGCAGCUGGUAGCAUGGCUGUAAUCUCUUUGUCGCGACCAACCCAUCCUGUGCUUCAAAUCAAAUAUUGAGUGCUUUUGAUAUUGCCAUUUCAUUUUAGACUGUGGUCAGAGCAAGUCCACGAAGACAAUCAUCUGAAACCAUGAGAACUGGAGGGGCCUGUUCCGUAACGCUCUUGAUCGCGCUCACGUUUGCUGUAUGUUUUGCAAAAGCUGAAGACAAGAAAGAACAUACAGACAAACAAACGUCAAAGUCAGGAUCUAUCGCGAAAAGAUCUUUCCAUCAGAUGUCAAAUGGACCUACGGAGAAAAGAUCACCUUUUGAUUCACUCGCUAACGGCUUGAUUGGAAAACGACCAUUCGACCAACUUGCAAAUGGACUAAUCGGGAAAAGAGCACCAUUCGACUCUCUGGCAAAUGGUUUAAUUGGGAAACGACCAUUCGACCAACUUGCCAAUGGACUAAUCGGGAAAAGAGCACCAUUCGACUCUCUGGCAAAUGGUUUAAUCGGAAAACGACCAUUCGACCAACUUGCCAAUGGACUAAUCGGGAAAAGAGCACCAUUCGAUUCUCUGGCAAAUGGUUUAAUCGGGAAACGACCAUUCGACCAACUUGCCAAUGGACUAAUCGGGAAAAGAGCACCAUUCGACUCUCUGGCAAAUGGUUUAAUCGGGAAACGACCAUUCGACCAACUUGCCAAUGGGCUAAUCGGGAAAAGAGCACCAUUCGACUCUCUGGCAAAUGGUUUAAUCGGGAAACGACCAUUCGACCAACUUGCAAAUGGACUGAUUGGAAAACGUGUGCCGUUUGACUCUAUAGCAAAUGGCUUGAUUGGAAAACGACCAUUCGACCAACUUGCAAAUGGACUGAUUGGAAAACGUGUGCCGUUUGACUCUAUAGCAAAUGGCUUGAUUGGAAAACGACCAUUCGACCAACUGGCAAACGGUUUGAUUGGCAAACGGGCACUAAAUGGAAAGCUCCAAUACGGCUCGACGGCAUAUGGAAGUGAGUCUUCGAAGGACACGGUCGACAAAAGACAUUUUGACUCUCUUGCAAGUGGGCUGAUUGGAAAACGCUCACAAUAACCUCUGAGCCAGUUCACAUUGCCACUGCUUAUGCAAGACUGAGCAGAUCUCCGUAGCCACGAAGAAGAACAACAUAGUGUUUAUUUAUUUUGUUUAUUUCUUGCCUGUUCAAAGAUACUAAUUUAUUUAUGUUCUCUUGUUUUAUAUUUAUAUAUUCAAUGACGUAUUUUAAAUUAAAAUAUAUAAAUCAGGGCCACACUGAGACUACGGUACGCAGGGGGUGCGCAUUAAAGACAGAUACAGGGCUUAGUAAUAUGAGAUGGUUGUCAGCAAAGAAAAAACAGAUACAGAACAGUGAUUCGAGAUGCUGAGAGAAAAAAAUCAGGUCUAGGACAUAGGUAUAUGAGUCAUUAAACACACAGUUAUUUGAGAUGUUGGGUAGUAAAAACAUAUAUAUAUAUAUAUUAUAUAUAUAUAUAUAUAUAUAUAUAUAUAUAUAGUUUAUUUGUUCCUUUGUUUGCUUAUUUCUUGAAAUAUAAUGCAUAUAAUAAAUGCAUAUAUGUUGCCUUACACUUUUAGUCAAUAGUGCGCUAAUUAACUGAAUGUUUAAUAAUCGUCCUUGUGCAUUUAUGCUACUGACAUUUAAUACAAAUAUUAAAAACGUAUUCGAAUAUCAUGCACCUCAACUUGGUAAACAAAAGUGUGCUUGUCGUUCUUGUAUCUAAUUUAAACGAAAGCUAUAAGACACUUGUUUGAAAUUUCAAAGAAACAAAUGUCUUGUUUUAAAAAUAUUGUGUUAUGUUAGACCUGCUAAUUUUCGUUCGUGUUGUAAAUAUCCCCCUCGGUUCAACUCCGCACCAUUGUUAAGGUAUCCUAAGAGGAAACGUGAACUAGUAAGUUUUUCAUUGGUUGACGAAUUCGGUACCCGCCAACCAUAACUGAUGUUACAUAAAUGCCAUCUAAUUCCUUUGUCUUGGUACGUCAUGCGUCUUUCAAUACAAAUACAAUUAUGAAGAAUAUUUAAACUAUAUGUUUGUUGUGGAAAGAAACCAUCCCUACAAAAAGGGAGAUUAAAAAGAAGUUCAGCAAAACGCCACCGAUUAGAACGAAAUAUACUGGAGCUGAUUUAAGAAAAACAAAAAUAAUACUCUGAUUUUUAUUGGUAAUUUACUGGUCGACAUUUGAAACAUGAAUAAAGAAGUUGUUAAAAUUUC